AGACGAAACCACCCCUAGAUCUUGUGCGUAUUCACGCGGGACGUGCCACGACGGUCCGGCGCGGCGCACGAGGCCGCGCCCUCCCGCCAGGUCGCACGCCUCCGUUCCCACCCACGCGUCCCCGGCUCGCCCCUCGCCUCCCCUCAUAUUUACAGCCCCCGCCACUGCCCCCUUUCCAUCCUUGCUCCUGUCGCUCUCGCCCCCCACCUCGCCCUGCUCUCGCUAUUAAUGCAGCGGCGCCGGUGGCGGCGAUAGGGAGCGGGAGUGCGCCGUGGCGGUGGGACGCGGUGAGUAGGCGGGCGGCCAGCAGCAGGAAAAGCUGCGGGAUUUCGUCUCUCUCGUCGUCGACUCGUCGUGGGGGGCGGAUUCAGCCGGUUUGAAUUCAGAAUCGGAGCAAAAAUUCAGUACUUGCACUAUUUUAGUUCCUUGGAAUCAAUCGUACAAGAUGAUUGAGGAGCGGAGGCACUCCGUGGACAUCCCGAUUUCGAGGGCCCUGGUGGCCAUCAUGAGGUCUAGAUCCCUGAGGGACCCUGACACCAACUCGCUGGCCAAGUUCUCGGCCAAGAAGACCAUCUGGGAGGGUUGCUCCCUCGAGGAAGAUGAACCAGAGGGGAACAAUUACGGCAGGCACAGCUUUAGCUACAACGCAUAUGAUCAUCUCCAGAGGAGGAGGGAGGAGUUUGGGGACAGCAUGAGGUCGGGCCGUCUCGCAAACUCGCCAAUCGACAUCAUCAAGGCCAAUGCGAUGGCGAAGGCGGCGCUCCAUAACCAGAGCUGUUGCUCAGCGAUAUCUGGGAUGUCGAGGGCCGCAAAGGACAGGGCUUUUGCUUUGGUGACUGAAGGGGAAGAGCUAGGCCGGAGGGAGGCCAGGACAUUCCAGGAGAGCUCAAGAAGUUUGCUUCAGAAGUAUCGGCCCAAAUCUUUCUCCGAGCUUGUUGGGCAUGAUGUUGUUGCUCAGUCUCUUUCGGGUGCUGUUUUGAAAGGAAAACUUGCUCCUAUCUAUCUCUUCCAUGGUCCGCAUGGUGUAGGCAAGACAUCCGCGGCUAGAAUAUUUGCAGCGGCGCUGAAUUGCCAUUCUCCUGGUGGGAACCAGCCAUGUGGGCACUGCGAGGAAUGCAUGGCCAUAUUCUCAGGAGGCAGCAGUACUGUGAUAGAGGUUGAUGCUUCCAAACUUGAUUGCAAAUCUAGAGUUGCGGCCUUGCUCAGGAAUGCCUGUGAAGUUCCUGCUUCUUCACACUUCAAGGUUCUUAUAGUAGAUGAUUGCCAACAAAUGGACAAGGAGGGAUGGUACUCCAUCUACAAUAGCCUUGAAGGGAUUCCUGACAGCUCAAUCUUUGUCAUGAUAACAUCCGACAUUGAUAAACUACCAAGCAAUUCCAUCGGAUGGUGCCAGAGCUACAGGUUUUGCAAGAUAGAUGAUGCACAGAUUGCCCGCCGGUUGAUCAAGAUUUGCACAAAAGAAGGUAUGGAAUUCGAAGCCGAAGCACUGGAGCUUCUUGCUCGCAAGGCCAAUGGUUCCAUUCGAGAUGCAAUUCAGAUGCUUGAUCAACUAACUCUACUUGGAAGAAGAAUCAGCAAAUCAGUGACACAUGAACUAAUAGGUGAUAUCUCAGAUGAGGAAUUGCUUGAUCUUCUCAAUCUGGCUAUGUCAUCAGAUGCUGCUACUAUUGUGAGGAGGGCUAGGGAGCUUUUGAGCUCAAAGGUCGACCCCCUGCAGUUAUUAGCCCAGCUUGCAAAUCUUAUCAUGGAUAUUUUAGCUGGAAAGCACCCGUCAGAUUCUUCAGAAGUCAGAAGAGUUACUGGCAAACAUACAUCUGCUGAUGUCGAUGUACACAAACUUAGGAAUGCACUGGAAAUACUCUCUGAAACUGAAAAGCAAUUAAAGACCACAAAAAACCAGUCUACAUGGCUUACUGCUGCUCUGUUACAGUUUAAUAUGAGAGAGCCCUACUGUCUAGAUGAUACUGCAGUUUCAAGCAUGUUCACUGAGAGUCACACAGAUGAUGGAACCGCAAUAUUGAAGGAUGAGAGUUUAGAUACAAGUUCUCAUCUUUGUUCUCUGAACAAAGUUGGUUCUCUAGAUAUGAAUUUGGGAGAUCCAGAUGUAUUGGAGACUAUAUGGAUGAAGGCUCUUGAAAGCUGUUCAUCCCGUCCGCUUCAAAAUCUACUGCGGAAGGACGGGAAGUUGUCAUCUCUAUACACAACCCAAGGUGUAGCAGUUGCUGAGUUGCAGUUCUGCCAUCCUGAGGAUGUACCAACAUCAGAGAGCUUCUGGAAGCCACUUUGCGCUUCUCUGCAGAAUUUGCUGAGGUGCAAUGUCGAUAUCCAAAUCAACCUUUCACCAAUCUCCAGCAGAAGUGCUGGAUCGAAGGAUUCAUCCGUCAGCCUGGUCAUGCAAUCCAGAGAAGACCGGGAGGUGCAGGACCCGGCCGCCACAAAUUGCAGAACUGUCGUGUCAUCCAGAAGAGACUGUCCCUCUCCACUCGCAGCAGGGCAAGCUAAGGAGAAACCGUCGCACAUUCUAGGGUGCCUUCAUGGUACUACAGACGGUGACGCAGCGGACACCGAGUCAAAGAUCUUGAGCUAUCAGAAGAUCUCUGCCAUACCUGCAGCGUCCACUCCAGGAAAUGCACCCCUGAAAGCUAGAGGAGGUAUACCAAAGGUCGAAGAAGACAGAGACCGCCAUGGCUGUUUCUCGAGCUUUCUACCCUGUGGUGCUUGCGCUCUCCGUCGAAGGUCCCAACCACGCGAGAAACGCAGGGCGUCACUGUUCAGCUGCUGUUUCUGCAAGAUAAGACCAGACUGCAAAACUAAAGCGGAAGCAGGGUAGUAUGCUAUGCAGGUUGGGAACAGAGCGGCCUUCUGCAGUCUAAGCUGGGGACGGGCACGGUAGAAGCAAGACUGAUUGGUAUUCUGGUUAACAUUCUGGCUGAACCUGACAUCAAGGCUGUCCAUUCUCUCUACUAUGUUCUCUGGUUUGGCUCCGGUGGUCGAACCAGUUCAGGCGUAGGUGGAAGAAGCGUGUGAAUCUGUUAACUGUAGCUUGCCUCUGAUGAGGUGUCGAUCAGACUCAGUAGAUGUACAUCGCUAACAUGACGAUAUUGAUAGUCGGAUGUUCAAACUUUCCUGGUAGCAACUAUAUUGAUAGUUGUCCAUUGGAUGGCACACUUUUUUUGGCUAUCGAUGGUGAUUUUAUUGGCUU